AUGGCUUCCUCCUCGACGUCCCAUCCUCAGCAGAUUAAUGUAGCGGACUUGGACAUCUCCCAGCUUGCGGAAGUCAGGACGCAGCUCGAGGAGGAACUGAAUCACCUCACCAGCUCGUUCGCGCAGCUGAAGCAAGCGCAAGCCAAGUUCAAGAACUGCAUCGAGAAUGUUGGAGAGAUCAAUCCGAAUAACACCGGCAAGACGAUCCUGGUCCCCUUGACCAAUUCGCUCUACGUCCCGGGGAAGCUCUCCGAUGUCGAGCAUGUCAUUGUGGACGUCGGAACAGGAUACUACGUCAAAAAGACUCGCCCACAAGCCAAGAAAUACUACGAGGCCAAAGUCGACUUCAUCCGGGGCAACCUGGAGACGCUGCAGGAGACAAUAUCGAAGAAGCAGGAUAACCUGAACUAUGUAAUGAAUAUCAUACAGGCAAAGUUGCAGGCGGAGGCUCAGACUGCCGCGAAGAAAUCCAAGCCGUAA